AACAAACAAAACAAACAGUUAGACAUAAAUGUAGCUUAUAUUGAAACAGACAGACAUACAUUGCUCCAAAAAAGAAGUUUUCAAAAUUUGAGAUUUGUAUCUUUGGUUUUAUGUGCAUUGAAAUGUUUCGAUGUAUUAUUGGUCGUCAAAGGUGUUUUUUCGUGACUUCAGUGCGCUCUUUUAGCGCUAGCUCCGUAUUACCUGAACUCAUUACUGAAGAGCGGGAAGCCGAUUUGAAAGGAACAAAGCAAGUGACAGUGCCGAGCGAGCGCUACUUGAGAUUCAAGGACAGGCUGCGAUCGGAAGCACCUCUUAAAAGCUUUUCGAAUGAGGCCAUGCCACAUCCGGCGCACGAGAAGGAGCCGCUGAAGCCCUGGCCAAACAAUACCAAUCCUAACACAGGUGAGGUUGGCGGACCGCCUGGACCAGAGCCCACGCGCUAUGGGGACUGGGAGAGGAAGGGUCGGGUUACGGAUUUCUGAAAA